AUGAUAAGGAGGGGUAUACGUUUAAGGAAAGAAUACUUAUUUCAAAAAAGCCUAGAGGAGAAGGAGAAGCAGAUACUUGACAACAAAAAGAGAAUCAGAGAAGCUAUUGAAGAAGGUAAAGCUAUACCUACAGAAUUAGUAAAUAUCUCAACUAAUUUACGUUCUUCUAUAGACUUAGAAGACAAUUCAGCAAAGGCAGCUUCAACUCUAGACAAUGAGUAUGGAUUGUCAAGCUUAAAAGAUCCCAAAAUAUUAAUAACUACUUCAAGAAGUCCUAGUAGUCGCCUAGUACAAUUUGUUAAGGAAUUGAGUUUGAUUAUACCUAAUAGUAGUCGUAUAAAUAGGGGUGGAUAUAUACUAAAGGAUUUAUGCCAUUUAUGCCGAACAAACGAAGCAUCUGAUCUAAUUAUUGUGCACGAGCACAGAGGAGAACCUGAUAGUAUGAUUAUAUCUCAUUUUCCACAUGGCCCUACGGCAUACUUUGGACUGAGUAAAAUUACUUUAAGACAUGAUCUUAAUGUAAAGCCAAAGAACUUAUCUCAAGUUAGGCCACAUCUAAUUUUCCAGAAUUUCGGUUCUAAGCUGGGGAUGAGGAUUUCAAAUAUCCUCAAAUUUUUAUUUCCACAGGCAGCUCCAUUUUCUAAAAGAGUACAUGUUUUCUUAAAUAACAAUGACUUAAUAAUUUUUAGACACUAUACAUGGGAAAAGAAAGAUGAUGUAAAAGAUAUAGAAUUAGAGGAAAUUGGCCCAAGGUUUAUUUUGAAGCCAUAUAGAAUUGAAUUAGGAACUAUAGAGAUGAAAAGUCUGACUGCUGAAUGGACACUGAAACCUUAUUUCAAUAAGCAGAAAUCUAUCCUAAACUGA